ACCAACAUUCAAAAUCAGCCUUACUACAUGUAUGUUUCUGGAGCAACUUCUAGACUCGAUCUCGAACAAGAGGAGAGACGGAAGGUAAAGGAAAAAAAUAGAGAAAUCACAUCUGACCCGACAGUUGACUAGUUGCAUGCAUAUGCACGUGCAGGGCCAUGCGAGGAAUCAGAUCCCGCCAGGUGGUUCCAAAACGGACUUUACCGAACCAGAGCAGAUACAAAGGGAGGGAAGGGGACGAGAUCAUCCUUCUCUGCAGGGGCGGUGCGGAUCAGUGGCGCAAUGCGUUCGACCGGUCCUGUAUGAAAUCCAGAGCCCGGUCGAGCCCAUGCAGGAUGGUGGCAACAUUCCUUUUUCUUCUUUUUUUAUUGUUUUUCGAGGUGGAUACAUCACAUAUACUUUGUACUCAGGCUGCGCUGGAGGGGUUUCGUGCGACGAACCAUCAAUGACUGUGACUUUGACAGCGGCAGCUCCGUUGCAGGUCUCGAACGGGGUGGAGACAGCACAAUCCAGAUGUCAUGCUGUCGUCUGUGACACCUUGAUGACAAGGGAUAAAUAUGGAUGUUGCCAUGGUUGCUUCAGGGGCCCUUGUCAAUAGGAAAUUGAUAGAUCGUGUGGCUUGACGUUAACUGACAACGUUUCUACUGACUUGUAAUUCAG